UGUUGUAGUCACAUUUUGUGGUAGGUGUCAGAUUUUACUUAAACUGCCUUUUAUAUUUAGCUAUCUAGGCCACGGGCAUAUAGGCCUCCAACUUGUUUAUCUUCUGCCUCAACCUAGAUUGAAACGGGCUGUUUUUAUGAAGCAGCUUCCGGGAUUGACAGUCGUAGCGGCCAUUCAGACGCGCCUGCAGGCGGGACGUCAUGUCCGCUCGGCCAAUUGGGAGGGCGGAUUACGUGGGUGUUGGCACAGAGCGUUAGAUUGAGGUUUUGUUUUGCUGGGGAUCUGUGAUGAGUGCAGCGACUGUGAAGAUACUGGUGACAUUUAUGGCUUUAUUGGCGUUUGUAAUAGGUCAUUUGUCAUCUUUACCUGCGUGUAAGAUGGUGGUGGUGAUGAUGAUGAUGAGAUGAGAUAGGGACGUUCAUGGUCUCAAGCUGUGUGCCUCCCCAAAACAAGUGAAUCCAUCACAAAGAGAUGGAGAGAUGUAAUAGAUGUGCUGUUUUUUAGAAGACUGAGUUAAAUACUCUUAGAUGUAUAGUUUCUACUGCUGUUUCAUAGUGUUUGGUUUUCUGCUUGCAUUGUUGUUGUUUAUGUAAGGUGCUCCUUAUCUAGAAGUGAAAGCUCAUUCUGCUUUCAUCGGCAGUUGUAGUGUCUCUACUCGAGUUUACUAUCAUUUAAUAACAGUGAGGGAUAAAGACAUUUGUAUACCAUAAACAUGUGCUGGUACAACACACAAGUCAAGUUGUCAGAUGCAUAGAAUUUUGGGAAAUGUUCUUUUUGUUUUUGUCACGAUUCAUUUGCAACCAAGUGUUUGUGUGUUUACAGCAGAGGAUGUGGAAACAGAACAAGUACACUGAAACAAUCCGAUAGAGAUAACAAAAGGAGCCAUGUCGAAUAUUAUUGAAAAAAUGAUCAACAAGACGCUCUGAAUUUUUGUUUUUGCAUGUGUUUCUUGGUCAUGUGAAAACUGUAAGUUAAACUGUAUGAAUGUUUUUACACACAAGGCUAUCCUGCUAUGCUGACAGUGAGCUUGAGAUCAGGAGAGAUUUGCUUCGGUUUUGCUUUCUGAAUAGGUCUUGCCAACCCCAAUCUUGAUCUCCUCGUCACCGUCAAUGCGCUCUUGUUUCUGCUUCUCAGUUGAAUAAGAUGAACUGACCUUGUUCACAGCAGAAAUUUUAACCUCUUAAAUAGCAAAGGUGGGGCUCAUAAUAUUAACAUUGGCUCAACUCCAGAAACGAUUGCAGUGCAGCAAUUAACAAUUGUAUUAGUUAAACCCUUUACUGAAAAGAUGCCUGCUGUGAGCAAGAUCUGUUCAGCGUUAGUUUCACUUCAUGUUUUUUCUCCUGGUCAUUUGAGCAAUGGCUCUGUGUUCCCACAGUUUGGAAACCACUGGCUUAUAGUUAUCGUCCUGUGGGUGCAUCGUUGUCCAACAAAGCUGCUGUGGACUAGACAUCUGAAGUGAAGAAUAGCUACCCAUUGUGAAUCCAUGAUUGUUUCUCAAAUGCUGAACACAUGGAUACUCGUGGGUCUGAGCUGUAGAAUUGAGGUAGUCGGUGAGCAAGAACACUUACAAGUAAGACAGCACAAUAUUUAACGCAUCAAAUCUUUUUAAACUUGUGUUGUUUUAAAUGUACAGUCGAAUGUAACCCAAAUUGCCACACGACAGCAAUGAAUUUCCUGUCUUAAGUCCUGUUUAUUGUGCGGUACCCUGGUACAAGAGCUGCUCAGUGAACUGAAGAAAGAACUUGCACAUGUUGUGCAUCUUGGUGACCGAGUGGGUUUGUCUCUUUAACUGUGACCUCUAACCAUACACCCACUCUGUCAGGUCUGUUGUCAUCGCUUUAAUUUAUCUUAUCUGUCAAAUAGGGCUGGGUGAUGACUGAAAUAAGAGGCUUUUUUACUCUGUCAUGAUUCACACUAGAAAAACUCAAAAACACGAGUGCCACAUUUCAGAAUUUUUUAAUAUUUUAUUAUCAUUUUUUUUAAUCCCCAGGUCUGUCAUGUCACCUACCUGUCAUGCCACCUAAUAAAGUAGGUGGGUAAACGACUAGCCACAUAGUUAUUAAAAGGCCCAACCUUUAUGUACAGUUGGCUGUUGAGCAUCCGUAUUCUGUUUAUCUGUUGCCACACUGUACACACACAUUUAAGACUCGUGGUUUAAUGAUCAUUCGUAGUGUUUGCAGAGAUUCUCCCACAUGUUCUUUUUAGCAAAUGGGCUGGUAUCUCCUGCUUGUUAUCACCAUAGGAAUCAGGGACUGACUGGUAUCAGUAGGUAACUCUUUCCAAAUAAGACACUGCUGAUUGGCCUACUUGGAUCACAUCCAAUGUUGUGAGGCAGAGAAUGUGAGCUGUUUGCAUGAUAGUGGAGCUAUGAGCUGAGUGCAGCACAGUCAUAAGUAAACAUUACAGAUAUCCCAGAUCUGAUCUGAUUGUGCAUGAGGAUUCAGCAUUGUCUUCAAUAUGCAUGUUAAUUGGUUUUAUUUAUUUAUUUAGUUUUGGGUUUUUUUGGGAUGUGUGUGUGUGUGUGUGUGCACGCGCGCUCGUGCAAAUGUAAGCGUGCGAGAGACCAAAACAAUUUCCUACAGUUCUCACUGCUAGAUUACCUUUUUUCAUUAAUCCACUAAUACAAACAUGGUAAAACAUCAGUAAGUUAAUAUUGAAACCCCAGCUGAUGCUAGUUUCUAAUGUUCACAGAGAGAGAAGAUAAAGAGAGUUGUUGUGCGAGUCCGUUUCGGCACAUUGUCAGCUGCUGCAUGUGUGAACCUGACAUCAACACAGGAAACUGUGCAUUUAUUGAGAGGCUGCAUUGUGAACUCACAGACCUGAAGCAUACAGAGAACCAUCAGACGACAACUACAGACCAGACCAGAUCGGACAACCUCACACCACCACCACUGGGACCGGACAGGAGGCCCAGAGGUUCCCCCCACUGGAGCUCUAAGCUGUGCCUGGCGAUGCCUCAGCCCAGCGUCAGUGGGAUGGAGCCUCCCUUUGGGGAUGCCUUUCAGAACUACUCAUUUGCUGACCAGGCCCUGACCAGCACUGAGCUGCUCGCCACCAGCUCUGACCCAGAUUUCAUGUACGAACUGGACAGAGACAUGACCCACCGGCAGAGCCCCUGCGGGGACAGUGUGGUGGGGGUCGGGGACGGAGGGAAGGAGGUGGAGGGCUGUGUGGACCAGCUCAUGGGUCUGGGCGAGUGUGAGACGGUCUACAGCAGCUCAGCGUUCGAACAGUGGGACUCCUACUGGGAAGACCUCACCAGAUACACGCGGCUGACCAGCUGUGAUAUCUGGGGCACCAAAGAGGUGGAUUUCCUUGGAUUGGAUGACUUCUCUAGUCCCUACCAGGAUGAGGAAGUGAUUGGUCGAACCCCUACGCUGGCUCAGCUCAACAGUGAGGAUUCGCAGCCUGUGUGUGAGGCGCUCUACCCCCCUGCUGACCUGACCCUGCCUGCUCCCCAGCCACAGCCUCAGUCGUCCCAGCUUCCCUGUCACAGUAAAAGACCCAUGGUCCCUGGCCAGGGAUCGGGCCUCGGCUCCGCACGGCCUUCUCCAAGCUCCACAUCCUCUUCCUGUCCCUCCCGCAGCCUUCUCCCAGACUUUCCCGAAGGCUCUCAGAAAGCCACCAGACCUGUUCCCUCCAGCACCGAAACUAUGGCCAAGACCCAAAAUCUCCUCAGUCUCACCCAAGACUAUAGCCACACUCAAUCCAAGCCCCAGGGACGAGGAACCAAGAUCACGGGCCCAAUUUCUCAUGGCUCUGACUUUGUGAGAAAGGCCAAAGUUCGCGUGAGUGCGGUGCAUAAAACUCAGCCUGACAAGCCUCCCCAGACAGAUUUUGAGAGGUCAGAUCCCCCUCUGCCUCUCUCUCAGAACCAAGAUGAGAAGGCCUCUACUUCGGCGAGCGCUGCCUUGGUGGGACUUCCUGCUGCUGUAGCCAGAGGCUCUGGCAGUCUGACGAGCUUUGAGAGGAGGGCAGAGGGGACAGGGAGGAGAGAGAUGCCUGUAGGCUGGUCUGCCUCUGUGCCUCACCUUGUCGAGGCGAGUCAGGCCUUGGAGGCCAACGCCUCUGGACUGGUCAGUGGUGGUGACAGCAUGGCAGGGGCUAGCGGCGGCAGUGGCGUUCUUGUUGUCGAGGGUACGGAGAAGAGCAAAGAGGAAGAACACAACUACUCUCUGUUCCUGACCCGCAGCAGACUGGCUGGCAGAGCCCACUCCCAGCUGGAGGAGGAUGAGGAAGAGGAGGAGGAUGAGGAAGAGGCAGAGGAAGAUGAAGGCGAUGGACUGGAGUUUGAGGACGAAGACCACGAUGAAGGUUUUGGCAGUGAGCAUGAGCUGUCCGAGAAUGAGGAGGAAGAAGAGGAGGAGGAGGAUGAAGACUACGAAGCAGACAAGGACGACGACAUGAGUGAUGCCUUCUCCGAGCCAGGCUGCGACAUGGAGUUGAUGGAGGACAUUAAAGGCGUGACAGCAGGAGUCUCCAACCGGAAGAGAGGCAAGCGUCGCUACUUCUGGGAGUACAGCGAGCAACUCACCCCCUCCAAACAGGAACGUAUGCUGAAGCCUUCUGAGUGGGACAGACACACGCUGCCUAGCAACCUGUAUCAGAAGAACGGGCCUCUCCAUGGAAAAUAUAUGCUGAAGAAGUCUCGUCGCACCGACGUGGAAGACCUGACUCCCAAUCCACGCAAGCUGCUGCAGAUCGGAACCGAGCUCCGCAAACUGAACAAGGUGAUCAGCGAUUUGACCCCAGUGAGCGAGCUUCCACUGACCGCACGACCACGGUCCCGCAAGGAGAAGAACAAGCUGGCAUCCAGAGCUUGUCGUUUAAAAAAGAAGGCCCAGUAUGAAGCAAACAAGGUGAAGCUCUGGGGCCUCAGCACAGAGUACGACCGGCUGCUGUUUGUGAUCAACGCCAUCAAGGAGGAGAUUGUGGCUCGGGUGGAGGACUCUUCUCCGCGUCCAACCAACAUGACUGACACUCUGGAACAUCUCAUCCAGGAGACACUUGUGGCACCACCUGUUGCUGGGCAGACUUCGGACUUCGUCAACAAGAUCUUGGACAACACAGGGCGCGGGGAUCCAACCGGCGGACUGGUCGGCCUGCGAGUCCCCACCUCCAAAAUCUAGACAAACCGCUGUCCAAUGAGAGGAGUGGACUAAAUAUUACCACCGUGCUGUCCCAUUGUAACUAUGCUCCCUCUGCAUGCCCUUCCAACCCAGAGUAGAUACACAUUGUUAAUCCCACAAACACACAUACCACUCCCUGUGUGUAUGUAUGUGUGCUUGUCUUAGCCAUGCACCUGUAUGGAAUACACCCAAGCUUUCUGUCUCUGCACACCGCACAGAGACAGUGUGUCACUGUCUCCCAACCCAUUGUGAGCGGGAAAAGCACCUCUAAAAGCAAGGGAUGGUUAGGUGUAUAGCUAAUAGCACAUUCUAAAUCCAUUGGUGAUUAUUAGGUGUGUUAACCUAGCAUUGCGUACUGUCAGUUCUGUUGAAGGUCUGCAUCCAGGGCUGAGACAGUCACUCGAGUGUGGCCGCUGGAAUACUUUCACACAAUCUGUUUGAGGUUGUAAUGACAGAGAAAGAAUUGUCACACAUGAGACACUACCAAAGGGUGAAAAACUUCCAGUUAUCAUUUUCUAGAUGAGGUUCACAUCACACGGCAACAAAAUUUACUCCAGGACUUUAAAUUGACCCACUUGGUAAAGUACUUUAGUUGCCAAGAGAAAACAAAGCAGCCUGCUCCCAGGCGUUUCGGGAUGGCAGGAAAUAUUUUGUAUUGAAGGCCUAAAUAUAUUCAUGCCAAUCCCUGUUUGCCAAUCAGGUCUGCUGUUGUUAAAAUGUAAGGAGUUUACCUUUAGCAGAUUAAAGCUUGAAACAAAAAGAAGCUGAAGGUUAAAAUGAGACUUUAACAAUUAAGCGACAGACACAUCCAGCUGGGUCGGAGUUUUUCGGCAGGCAGGAUGAAGCUUAGUGGCAAAUUGUGACGACGUUAACUUAAACUGCGGGAGGUCGUUGACCGUGUGGAGAGGAGAGUGCAUGUAGCUUGGUGCUUUUUGGCCUUGUGCUGGUUAUAACUGGACUGGGUGAAAUGGGCAUUUUGCCAGUAUGGGAGAAGAUUGUGAGGAAGAUGAUGGUGGUGAUUAUGAAGAUGACAUAAACAGCGAUCCAUCUCCUCUAGGAAACUGUACUUAAAAGUGUCUCCCAGUGAAAAACAGCACCGGCUCCCCUUUUUGUACAGUAGAGAUGACCAGGCUAACAGUUUGGUGUGUUCAUACUAGUGUUUGAUCAGAGUUCUAUUCAUUGUGCCUUGUGUAAGUACGUGUGUGUGCUUCUGUGAGUCUGGGUGGGUGUGUGUGUGUGUGUGUGUGUGCGCGCGCAUGAGUGAGUGUGUGAGAGAGAGAUUGAAUGAGAAGAGGUGAUUGGUCAGAACUCCCUGAGGUCCAGCCGAGGAGAGGACUGCUUUACACUGAGGGAGAUUGUUUUUGAAUGUGAGGAGGGAGACACCUGUGGGGGUUUGUUGUGUAUUUUCAGUUGUCUAAAGUUAUUCUGAAUGUACAUAAAAAGAAAUGGAAGCUCUCGUUGCGUGAUGCCACAGAGUCUGUGUAUAUAGGAGGGCUCUGCAAUAGAUUACUUUUGGUUUUUGGUACUCUGUCUUUAGGGACUGGGGGCGGGUUAACAGAUAUUUUCGUUCAGAGUUACAAAAAAAGAAAAAUUUGCACACUAUAUUUUGAUUGUUUUUUGUACCAAAGACACAUGCAACGAAAUGGCGACCAGCCAGUUAAAGUAAGGUUUUGCACAGCUUACCUGACGCCGUAUUGAAUGUAAGAAAUGUGGGAGGGUCAGGGAACUUCAUUGAACUGUGAAAUUUGCUUGGGUCCAAUUCUGUAUAGAAAAGGAACAUUCAUUCUUUUGAUUUUCGUUUUUGUUUUCCAAAUCUAAAAAUUAACCCCAUCUAUGGGCUUCUCCAGUAGAUUUGUUGCUUAGCAAGCACUUCAUUCCUGAACUGAUUCCUCCCUCCAUGUGCUAAUUGUAUUAAUGGCGCUAUCUAGGACAAAAAACCCAGAGCGCCGGUAGAUAAGCUAUGUUACAUUUUUGCUUGUUUGUCAAAAUGUCACCAACAAUAACCAAAAUGUUUUGUCCCUGUGUCACUUGUUUGAUUUCUGUAUGUAGAUGAGGUCUAGUUCAUCAACAAAAAUAUUAACUGAAUUGUGUUUAAAAGUACUGUAUAUAGAAACAUUAAUGAUAUAUCUAUCAAUGGUGAAAUGCCACUUUUCAUGACAAUUGAUUCAUUUUUGAGCAUGACACAUUUCUGAAGCCUAUCCUUGCAUCAAGAAAGUUAGAGAAAAAAAAAACACAAAAACCAAAAAAAAAAAAAGUUCUUGUUAUAUUUUUGUACUUUAGCUGCCUGCUAGCUUUCCUGUUGGUUCGGAAGUAUUUGUUGUUCAGAUUCUCCCAGUGGAGAGAAGGAGGUUUCAAGGAAAGCAGCAGAAAGGUCUUCAUAAAGAGCAGCCAGUCAAUCUGAUAAUUUGAUAUACAAACCUUAGACUUACCUAGACCCCCUCAGUCUCCUUCACUGGCUGAGUUAAUUGACGGAGAAUCAGGACUGGAUUUAUUUAAAACACAACGCAGCAAAGCCACGGUCUAGUUUGUACAGUCUAUAAAGAGAAUGAGGACAUGCUGUCUUCAGUGUCUAGGAUAGCAAAAAGAAAUUCAGAGGACAACAGUAUGGAGAUGAGGACAAAUGCUGUCAGAAAGCCAAAGCCAUCAUAUGUGUGUCCCAGAUUGAUCUGGAUUCAGCACUGUGCUUUGUCAUGUAGACUUUCACACAUAUUCCCUCUGUAACCGUGAAGAUGUUGACUUUUGCGUUUCCUGGGAUUGACAUUGCUGCCUUUGAGGUUGCAUUGCUGAGUUUUAUCUGCCUGGCCUUGCCUUCGUUCCUUAGCUUACAUCCUUCCUGACCGAUCACAACCACAAAGGAUGACUUUGUUCACCAAAACAAACAGUGUUACAAUGUCCCGCCCACAUAUUGGCAGUGUGUCUAAACUUUAUCAGAGUGCAUGAUGCUGGUAUGCUUGCCUCCCUGCCACCUCCACAGAGGAAACACUGCCAUUCCCAGGAAGUUUAAAAUUCAGCCAGAGCUGGCUCAAUUAGCAGGCAUUUACAAACGAAGUGAGUGUUUUUGACGAGGCUGAGUUCGGACAGUACUCCUUCACGAAAAGAACUCUGAUGUCUGAUGAUGGUGAUGUAGAGCUGUGGUCUUUCUGUACUGUGUGAUUGAAUAACAGCGAGUGCUACACACCCACAUAUAUAUAGAUAUAUUUAUAUAUCUAUGUAUCUAUAUAUAGCUAUAUAGAUACAUAGAUAUAAUAUUUUUACUGUUUUCCAUUCUGUCUAAAAAGGGAGAAAUGGUGCUUUUUUCUGAAACUAGAAUGACGAGUAUCCAUGAUUUGACUUCUUAGUCUAGUUGUAGCCUAAUGACUUGCUCUCACCUACCGUCCAUAGCUAUUUUCUUAGUAGUGAUUAAUUUUUGUAAAUAAACUAUAAGUUAAUAUGUAUCUUCUAAGUGUUAGAUAUAUGUAUAGAAUACUCUAUCUUAUAUGUUUUAAAACAAAAGCACUUUGUCCAAAAAAGGAAAAAAAACAAAAACAAAAAGAAAAGCAUUUUUUUCUUCCAUUUGCUGCUAAAAGGCCUGGUGUGAAUGCUGCAAGUGUACUUGACGACUACUUGCUAAGAUAGGUCUAUUACCUGACUUGGCUAGGUCUGUUACCUAGCGAGGGAUAGGUGUAUAGCCUGGCGAGGGUUAGAUCUACAUGUUUCUGGAGCCACGUAAUGAUAUGAGUUUUUUUGCUUGAGAGCGUAUCAUUCCUUGGCUUUGGGAAGCCCAGUCUGUUAACAGGACAUGUCUAUUUCCUGGUCAGGGGAUAGUGUGUUUAUGGUCUUAAAAAAAGAAAAUUAAUAAAAAAAACAAAAAAAAGAGGGUUUUGAUUCCAGGGCCCCUACAUUGAUCCUGAUGCUGACCCCCUUGGCGUCUUGAUUCAUUUGCCUUCAGUAGAGGUUUCCUAUGGAAAAACUGAUUCUGCUUUGGCUUCCUCUUCAGGGUGAUGUACAGUGUUGACACAUUUCUCCAGAGAGAUAUAUUGUUAUCAUAUGUAAACUGAUUUCUACUUGUGACUUAAUGAGGAGAGGUUUAGCCUGAGGCGGCCAGGAAGAGCCAGUUUGAAAGAUGUUGUUCCAGGCCGCCUUGGGGGAAGUUACUAUAUCACUGUACUGUAUGGCAAGCCAAUUACAAAUGGAGACUCAAUCCGGACACUUAUUGCCUUCUUAAAUAACUUUUCACAUACAUACAAACAAAAACAAUAACAUGGCAGACAUGUCAGCGGUCGAGGCGUGUUCCCGAGAUUUAUGACAUUGUUCUGCCAAAAUACGGUCAGCAACAACAAUAACAACAAAACCAUUCAGCCUGAUUGGCUCAAAACAACCUAGACUGAAGUAGCAGACUUGGCGAAAUUUAUCUGAAAAAUGGCUUCAAAAAUUUGAACUGCAUGUGCUCAGUUGUAUCUUUGGGGAUGAUUUUUGAAGCUUUUUUGUUUUGUUUUCAGCUUUAAUUUUGGCCAGGUCUGAUUUGGGGGUCAACAGUGGUUUAAGGGCCGCUGGUUGACAGACAGUAGGCCGGCUCAGCGGCGCGGCUGACAAGAGAAGCAUGUGUGUGUUUUGUUGUCGAUCAUGAGGCUGGUUCAAGUAAGAGUCCUCACAGGUUUUUACAUUUAACAUGAUAGGCGCAAGCUGUGCAACUUUACAUUCAAACCAGGAGACUCUGUGGCAUUUUAACAGUCAAGGAGUGAGUGAAAAUCCACGCCAGUAAAUCUAUUCCUUAUUAUUUUUAUUUCUUAUGACAUGAAUCCUAUACAGUCAACUAUUAAGCUAAUAGAGUGUGUAACUUUGUGCUACUCUUGUCCAAUAAAAGCUAAGUAGAUCCAUAAAGCUCCUCUUCAGCAAAUCAGGGUAAUAUCGUUCUUCUAUCUGACAUAUGUGAUAUAAAAUCAAAAGAAAAUAUAUUUAUGUAUUCCUAUUAUUGUCGCCAUUCUUUACUCUGUACAAAAUUGUGUGUGCGUGUGUGUGCGUGUAUGUAUGUUAUGAAUUAUCAAUGUCAAUCAAUACAGUGCAAUGCUGUCUACACAAACUGAUAAAAGGCCAACAGACUUGUCACGAGAAUUCUCAAACGUUUCUCCACUUUCUUCAAAUUGGUAUUGAAACAUACACAACCCACAACAUUCUCCUGUCACUGAUUGAUUUGGCUCUGACUUCCAGUCGUGAUCCAACCAGGGUUUGUCACAUGGUGCUGAUUACUUUUUAUUAUCCCAGAGAUAAUCCAAGAAUUAAAAUGGCAUCCGUAUCCAGGCCCACUCACGAAUAACAUAAUCCAUGUGAUUAAUAACACUGUGUCCUCAAUAUCUGUCAUCAGACCAGACAUCCCUGUUGGACCAAUCAGAGGAAGAUUCAUGAUGAUUCUUGCUCUAAACAGAAUUGUUAUUUCUGUAUUAUUGACCUGUAUGAUCCAUAUUGUCAAACAUACCAUUAUUUCUCUUGUAAAAGUCAGACUCUGAUUUGACCCCAGCCCAGAGAGGAUAUUUAUUCAGUUCGAGAGGUACAAAAUACUCGCCAGAACUUCCAAAUAAUUUUAAAUUUUCUGGUGUAUUGUUUUUAUUUAUUUAAAUUGCAAGGGGAAUUUCUUGUAAUGUUAAUUCAGUUAAGUAAUUUCUUUGAAAUGCAACACGUUGGUAUUCAGCUUCAGUUUUCAAGAACACCCCAAGAGGAAAUGUUUGGUGACGCAUUAUCUUAUUAUCGCUUCUGUAAUUUUCAGACAAUUUCAAGUCAGUUUUUAUUAAUGCAGUGCCAAAUCCUGACAAAAAUGUUUUCUUUAAUCUUUAAUUCACAGAGAUCCAACAAUCCCUCAUGAACAAGCACUUGCCAAGGAAAAGUUGACUUUUAACAUGCAAAAACCUUGGAUCAGACCCAGGCUGAAGAUGGGCAGCCAUCAUUGAAAGAAGUUUGUACUUAGGGAAAAUAGGGAUUGUGUUUGAUAGUUGCACUUCCAGUCAGUUGCACUACUGAGUGCAAAGCAGAUGAGCUGAAUGUUUGUGGAGACCCAAACAGAGCUUAAAAUGAUUGCAAAUGGUUGCUAAUAUGUUGAUCACAACAAAUUCUUAUUAAUCAUUCCCCAGUACUACUACUUAACUACUAAAGAAGUUGUUAGGACAUUACAGAUCGGUGAGAUAAGUGUUACCAAAUGUUCAAUAAACUGGGUUUGUAAAAACAGCCAAAUAAAAGAAAAGACGUCACCUCGUACCGGCUGUGACGUCAGAUCUCAGAGUCUGGCUUUAAGCUUCUUUUGAGGCAUUUCAGAUGUUUCCUGUCUUGUCUGAACCCAUGUGGGCUGCCCUCAUUGCUUGUACAAACACAUUUUCAAAGCCUGUGUGCUUACUGCCCACCACCCACAUUUUUUCCUGUUUAAAUCAGAUACAUACAGAAAUGUAUUCUUUGACAAAAAAACCCCCCAAAUUGCAGCGGGAAUGAUGUUUCUGCAUGCUGAUGCCCUGCUUAGCACUGAGAGAAUCAAGUGACGUCUGGAGUUCCUCUCCGUCGUCACACAGUUUACUCUCAGUCAAUUGAUUUCAUACUUGCUGCUAUUGAAUGAGCACAAAGAGAUUUUAGAUAGAUACUAUAUAACUACUCCACAGCCCCCCCCCCAACUCCUUUUUUCUGUCAGUCAAAAAAAAAAACAACAGUGUUACUCACCUUGCACUUGGUUUUUACAUAUACAUGGAAAAAACAAUACUUUGAAUAUGAUGCCUGCUGAACCAGGUGCCUUAAUCAAAUAUAUGAGAACACAAAUCUGCACCUUCUGUCAGUCUGGAGGGGGUUUCCCUACAGAAACAAGGGCUGGGUUUCCCAAAACCUGAACUUGAAGUAUGAAAAUGAAACGAAAACCUCAUUUUAACCCCAAAUCAAUACUUUUUGUAUAACAAUCAGCCUUCAACAACCGCGAACAGCAUCCAUGCAUGGAUAGAAACAUUUCAUUUUGAAGCAUUACUAAAGAAGAGCAUAAAUGACAACUUGUAAGCAAAAUUGAUGUUGUUUUGGGAAACCUGGUUCUGUUUUUAACUCUUUCUCUGCCCACUACGCCACAUUAUUGUGUUUUCUGUGUUGGCUGCUGCUGCUAUCACCGCCGGUGUGUCUGUGUAGAGAAGAGCAAACUUCCACUGUGUCUGAGGCAGAGGGAGACUUGGGCCUGCUUUUUACCCCGUCAGUCCUUCUUCUUCUUCUUCUUCCUCUUCUUCUUCUUCUGCUCCUCCUUCUUCUUUUUCUUCUUCUUCUUCUUCUUCUUCUUCUUCUGUGGUUUUGACAUGCUGCCUCUUGACCUUUUUGAGAAAGGAAAAAACAAAAACAAAAGAAAACAGAACUUUCCGUUUCUUAACAUUGCUAUUAUGAAGUGCCAGACCCUCCUUGAAGUCAGUGUUGGCACUGAGUCGCAGGUUGCGAAUGAAGUAACAAACUGAGCAUGGAGGUAAACUGUGGUGCUAAUCUGUUUGUGGUUGGGUGCUAACACGGCUGUGUUAAAAGCUGUAUUAGCCAUAUUAUUCCUUCUUGUCGAUGACUCUGGUAAAUCUCGUGUUUCUGACUGCUGUAUGCUGACAUAGCGAGGUAUAACUCUGCUGCUGCUGCUUUGCUGAUGAAUGUAGACUAGUCUUCCUCAGCAGGAUCAUACAGACAGAUGCGAGUGUCUGGUGGAGCUUUUUCUGUUCUUCUACUUCCUGUUAGACUUUGUUUGGAACACAGAGGGGGAAUCUUGUCGUCAGAAUCAGAAAGAUCAUUGUUAUGUGUUUAAACAUUUUUUUUCUUUGUUAAUAUUAUGCUUUGAUAUUAAUGCUCUGACUCUGUCAAAUAUCGCACCUUUAAUUUUUUUCCUAAAUUACACUUUAUUGCCUUUCCCCUCUUGAUCCCAGUGUUUAUACCAUUUCUUUAAUAUUUAUUUAUUUGUCCUGUAAAUCAACAUGUAAAGAGACAAUUUGCUAAAACUAGACUUUAUAGCUUUUCCACUGAAGCAGACUUCACCGGGACUCCCAGACUUCACAGAUGUCAAGCAAAGUCACACUGAAAUUUUUCGAACAAGCCUCCAAAGCAUUACACACAACAGUGUGACAGCAACACAAUAAUUACAACAUGUAUCAUUUUUGGAUUUUUACAUAAAAAUGUUAAAAGCUGUACUAUAUCUCCUCAGGUACCAUAAAUUUUGUACAGUUGCGCCACUCCAGCCUGAUUAAUUACAGUUUAAUAGGCACUAAAGUAUCCGUUAAUGAAUUGAUCAGAUUGUAAAACAGUUUACUCUGACAGCAGUAAGACACAUCAGAAAUUAAAUAAAUCCAGUGCAUUAGUUUAAAAAUAACUAAAUAAAUCAAUUACAAUACAUUAAUUUACUUAAAUAAAUACCCAAAAAAGACAAAAUCUGCUAAAUCUACCAUCCAAGUGAAACAAAAUAAAAUGAACAAUGCAGUUUUUAAUACGAUCUUAAAAAGAAUGAGCAUUUUGAUUUGCUGCUUGUUUUUCAGUUUACUCCAUUUGCAAACGGUGCUUUUAUCAUUUACACGAUCCAUCGAGCUUUGUCAAAGACAAUAUGUUGGCUGUUCACUUUCUCCUCACAUUAAAGGAAUAUUUCAAACAUUUUAAGAAAUGCAACAUUUUUUGCUUUCUACUUAGAGGAGAAAUAUACAAACAUCAGAUUUUACUCUAACGUUUUUUUGCACAUGGAAAAGGCAACAUUUCUGUGGACGCACAUAUUUUUACAUUAAAAGAGUAUUUUACCUGAUUAGGUUAAUUGAUUUAUGGGCUGACAAUAACCAGAUUUGUUUGUAAACUUGUCCUUAAAGAAAAUUUAAAGUAUGCCUUUUGAAUAAUUUAAAUAUAGUCUCAUAAAAAUUAGAUCAGCAAAUAGUGGUUCCAGUUUGGCCUAUUCCUGUCUUCCAGCAUCCUAUUUCGUUAUUCUUUUCCGCAUUACCUUCUGCACCAAUUCCAGUCAAAGAGCUCUCAGAGCUGCGGUUUCAUUGUGACUUUGACUAACGUCGUCUGUGAAGCCCAUCAAGAGUUCCCUCACUGGAGCUUUGACACCAUCAGAAAGCUCAUGAGGUCGGCAAAGUGAGCCUGACCAUGACACAAAUCUUUUGUCACGACUCUGGGCUGAGGAUCAGAUGCUCCACAGCUCUGGGGCUGAGGUCAAGAGUCUGCUCGUUUUCUCUUUCUCUUUCUUUCGGGCAAAAUUUGAAAAUCUGAUCAAUUUUCUGGGAAAACUUUGCCACUUUGCCAGUGAUGUGUUUUUUGUUUGUUUGUUUGUUUUGUUCUGUUUGUUUUCCCCAGAAAGACGUUGGUUCCAAGCUGUCUUGUCAGGGAGCUCCUGAGAUUAGCCAGGGGUCACUAAAGGCUGGUGGGCAGAGACCCCUCACCCUCCCCCAGGGGGGGAGGGGGGGGUUAAUUUCCUCUUCUGCAGACAGAUCUUGUUAAAGCAAACAAAAAUAACCCACUCUAGAUAACAAAACAAAACCGUUCUUUCCAUAGCUACACACAUCCAGCUCAUCACCAACACUGCAAUGAUUUACAUCUCCCUCCAGACUUGCCAAAAAGCAUGGAGCGAGAGACAUUACACAAUAAGAAAAUGUUUAUCCUAAAGCAUCUCUUUGGUUUUAUCUUUUAUUCUUCUUCUUUCGGUUUUGAUGAUAAUGACAGACAGUAAAAAGAUUUUAUAGGUAAUCCAUACAAGUCCAAACAUGUAGAGGAUGUGGGAGGUCAUCGGUCAUCCUGAGCUCCUCAGCUACAUGCCAUUGUUAUGAUGCUUCUGGUCUUGUAUGGUAACUUAUUUGAUUAGAUCAACAGCAUGGGAUCUUUCUGUAGUUACUCCUGUGUGUGUUCUUCUCCCCGGUCUCAGUAGGAAGGCUGUACUUCAUUGCUAAGUGCUCAAUAAUAGAUCCUCCGGUGGAUUAUAAUUUCAUAAAGAAGCGAAACCUGCAGAAAGUGUAUCCUGCUGAAACUAACUUGAUCCUCUCUUUAGCAAUGACGUCUAUAUUUGUAGUUCACAUAUAUGCCUGUUCGAAAACAAUAUAUUGACAGUUGUUAUAUUUAUGUUGUGUAAUAAAUGUUGUGCUGGCUUUAUACGUUUUGUUUUAUCUAACUUUUUCUUUUUUUUGGUUUUCAUUGUAUUGUUUUUGUUUUCUUGGAGGCACAGUGGUUGGCUUUAUGCACAGGCAUGGAAAUCUAAAAGAUGUUUGGUUUUUUUUGUUUGUUUUUUUUUUCUGGUUUGUACUGUAACAACUCAUUGUUUCAGAGCUUCUGACAGUUUUUGUCUCUGGCUGCUCGACAUCCUGCGGACACCUGCCCUGAAUCUCUGUUGUGUUAUUGUGCCUCUCUCUUUUUUUCUCUCAUUAUUUUUUAAGUCAUUCUUUCUCUGUCGUAUCAGCCGGGAGUUGGUACCACAGCUCUGCUUGUAACCACAAUAGUCUGAUUAUGUUUAUUGACUUUAAUAUCAAAAUAAUAAAACCAUUAGCACCCAA